UAGAAACUUCUUACAAUUUACAUAAAUAUAUCUCACAUCCCUCACUGUAGCGCUGGCAGGUGAGGGCUUGAAGGAUUUAAAGUCUGGAUGUUUGCCGCUGCAGCACCCGCUCUUCCCGACUGCCAUGCUGUAAUUCAAAUCCCUGUUUGCUGUCUCCACUCCUUGCACAGUGUGCUGUGAAAGCUGAACAGUUUGGAGAAGGAUCUGGACAGUAAAGGGGAGACAGAAAUGGUUUUGAGCUUUGUUUUAAGGAUUGUUUAUAAACUCUUCUUGUAUAAAAUCCAUACGUCCACCUCGGAGGACGCCCAUUCCAUGUUGCCUGAGGUAACGCCCUUUUCCGCAGCCUGUCCAAAGACACUUCUGUGCAUUGGCAUAAGCACGGCUGAAGUUGCUAAUCCAAAGCGACAUCUCCAAAGUUGUUUUCUGGAUGACAAAAGCAGCACAAGAUGAGAAGCACAGGGGAGCAAGGGCAUGUCACCACAGUACAGGGGUGACAACCAAGGGGCCAUGUCCCACUGUGAGGAGCUGGGCCAAGCCUACAGAGCCAGGGCAUGGGGAAGUUCAUUCUUGCAUAGGAGAGUUGGUGUUGUGAAGCGCACAGCAUAGCAGACUCAUUUCCCCAUCACCAGACAGAGCAACUGCUCUCAGUAGAGAGAAACGUUUCCAUAAACCUUACAAAAAAACCCGCUUCUGCGUGUGACGAGCAACCGCGCUGCAUCUGAUGGCUUCGUACCGCCUAGAGCAAGAGAGCUCCGCUCAGCAGAAAUCUCUCGGCGGGCUCUGGGAGCUGGCACAGGGCCCGACUCCCCGACGGCGCUGCAAGCCUCGAAACGCCUGAUAAACGCAACGCCUGCUGAGUGAAGAUGUGGAGCGAGUAUCUGAAAACCCAACAGAUGAAACAGAAGGAGAGAUGGAAGUUCAUGAAGAUGCCAGCUCCAUUAUUUUACCAGAUAGUGAACUGGGUACUACUGCCCCUUCUUUGCGUUUCAGCAAGACCUGCCUAAAGAAUGUUUUUUCAGUAAUUCUCCUGUUUAUUUAUCUGCUGCUCAUGGCUGUAGCUGUGUUCCUUGUUUACCAAACCAUCAGUGACUUCAUGGAGAAGCUCAAGCACCCAGUGAUGUCUGUCUCUUACAAGGAAGUCUCCUUGUACGAUGCACCUGGUAUUGCCUUUUACCCAGGCAAGGCUCAGCUGCUUAGCUGCAAGCAUCAUUACUAUGAUCACAUACCACCUCUGAUAAACCCAGGUCAGCCAGGAGACAUUGAGUGCACCACUCAGAGAAUCAACUACACAGAUCCUUUUACUAAUCAAACUAUGAAAAAUGCUUUGGUUGUUCAAGGCCCUCGUGAUGUGAAGAAAAAGGAACUGGUGUUUUUGCAGUUUCAUUUAAAUGGAACAGACCAAGACUUUAGUGCCAUUGACUACCUUCUGUUUUCUUCUUUCCAAGAGUUCAUCAACAGUCCAGAAAAAGCAGAAUUCAUGAAGGACUGUGAAAGUUCAUACUCCAGCUGGAAGUUUUCCGGAGGCUUUCGAACUUGGGUCAAGAUGUCCUUGGUGAAAACAAAAGAAGAAGAUGGUAGUGAGACUGUUGAAUUCAAACAAGAGACUAGUGUGGUUAACUAUAUUGACCAGAGAACGAAACGACGAAGCGACCAGCUGUUUUUUGUGGUAUUCGAAUGGAAAGAUCCUUUUAUACAGACUGUUCAAGAUAUUGUCACAGCGAACCCCUGGAACAUGAUUGCUCUUCUUUGCGGUAUCUUUUUGGCUCUGUUUAAGGCAGCAGACUUUGCUAAGUUAAGUGUUAAGUGGAUGAUCAAAAUCCGAAAGAGACAUCUGAAGAGGAGUCUUCAAGUAAUGAACCACAUAAACUGAGACUAAGACUGGCUUUUAACUAUUUGUAGCACAAGGGAUAGAAAAUAACUGGAAUAAACUUCAGUCAGCAAUACAGCAACUAAAGAUGCAAAACAGGUAUGUUUUUUCCAGAAAAAACACAGCUGGGGGAACAGCCUGGUGAACUGGCAUGUGAACUUCACAAAGGAGCUAACUCUAGGACAGGUCUAACAAACUCAUGCUUUUCUAUUCCAAAUUUAACAAGCUUACCUCAGUAUAUGGGGGGACCAGGAAGAAAGGGGAGAAUUCACUGAUGUUCAGAAACUCAAUAACAUAGUGGUUAAGUCAGGGGCGAGGGGGGGAACGGGCAGCAUGUGAAUGCUUCUUGGAACAGGAGACCAUUUAACUUCUGCAUGAGCUACAACCUGCACCUGCCACUGUAAUGCAGUCACCUCCCUGACUGUGUUUAGUGGGAGGUGAAGCACUCAGCAAACAGUCUGUCUUCCCCUCUCCAAAGUACAUGUUAAAAUACACUGGAAUUCUAUUACAUGGCAUUUUUUAUGUAUAGUGACUUUAAUAUUAAAAAACACUUCAAAUAAGAUACUGUGUACAUUUUCU